ACUGAUAGCGCCAACCUUUUGCGCCUCGCGCUUUCGCGCGCAAUUUCCGGGUUCCUCCAACGCGUCGAUUCCUCCGUCUUGCGUCCUUCCGUGCCGGGAGCCUUGAUUAUCGAUACAAUUUGUGAUAUAUUGUAUGUUGCGCUGGAGCUCUAAUGCAAACGCUGCGCUUGUGCGUUUACCCCGCUCUGGCAUAGGGCUUGCGUUUUCAUAAAGUUACGCUUUGCAAUACAUACAUAGAAAGGCGCAUUAUUUGCACGACAAAUUUCGCUGCGCUCGGGUUUCAAGGUUAUAACUCAACUCAAAACUGGAAUCACCGGGAGGGCCCCCCGCGGCGAGCUCGAUGCGACCGCAAUGGCUAUUGCCCCUCCCCCUUCGGGGGAAGGGGCAAGCCAACGUGCCUGGUCACCUUGCCACUGGCAAUGGUCUGGCGCUCAUGGCCUUGGGCUUGGCCUCAGCCAAAGCGGCAUCGGCUUGCGGCUGGCCUUGCCACCAAGAUAGCGGAGUGCUGUCGAAACGCGAACGCGCAUGUGCGCGACACUAAGAGACGUUGUAAGAUCUAUCGCGGGCAAGGCCAAUGUACAUGAGCGCCAGUGGUGAGGUGGCCAGGCAUUUGCAGGAAUGCGGAGGGACUGCAGUUCUGCGACCAGUCCCCGGUUACAAUGUUCAAGGUGUUGCAACCUCUGGCGAUUUUGGGCCCCCAGGUCACACGCGGCCCCGGCGGAACCACUCCCACCCUUGACCUGCCCGGCGGCACCACAGCCGGCGCCGGCGUCGUCGCGCCCGCCACUGCCGCCGCCGCCAAGCCCGCCGCGCCGCCAGCCAAGCCGCUGCCAGCCGCCGCCGCCGCCGGCCUCCUGCCGCCGCAGCCGCCACUGCUUCCCGGCCAUCCGUUCCUGUCUGCCAGGCUUGCGUUGCUGUCCGCAAAGGCUGGCGGCGGCAGGCGCCGAUAUCGGGCUCUGCUGCAGGCGACAGGCACGGGCGCUAUUGAUGAGGCGGAGGGCGGGGGCGCCAGCGGCCUAGGCAGCAGCCGUACCACCACAACUGGCGGCGGCACUGCCGGCGGCGCGGUAGGCGGCCCUGGUGUCAGCAGCACCACAGGCGCCACCGGGACGGGUGCGGGCGCGGGUGCGGGCGGCAGGACGACCGGCGGCGGCGGCGUGGCCGGCGGCGUGGGCGGCGGCGGCGGCGGCGCCACCACCAGUCGCACUGCUCCUGGAACGACCGUUGGCAGCAGCAGCACCGGCAGGGGCGGCACCGCCAGCACCCGCAGGGAUACGGAUAUGGAUGCAGACAUGGACAACGACAAAGACAGUGACAUGGAUGGCGACGGCGACGGCGACCAUGAUGACACCGCCCCCACCCCCACCCCCACCACUGCCGGACGCAGCACCGGCACCGGCAGUAGCACCGGCACCGGCAGUAGCAGCAGGACUGCUACUGCCGCCACUGGAGCCGGCCGCUCGCCUUCCCCCUCUCCCGCGCGGCCCGGGGGCAUCGCGGACGCCGUGGGUGGGGCGGUCAACGCAACCAAGCAGGCGGUCAACGUCGCCACGCACCCAUUGCAGGCGGCUGGUAACGCCUCCAAGGCAGCCGCCGGCGCCGCUCGCACUGCGGUCACGGGCAAGAGCGCCGGCGCCGGCAGCGGCAGUAGCAGUGCCCCCGGCGGCACCGGCAGCGGCAGUAGCCGCACCGCGGGAGGCACCACAGCAGGCACUGAGGCUGGUGGUGCCGCUGCUGGGGGCCCCGGUGCCGCCGGUGCCACCGGCACCACCACCGGCGGCACCACCGGCACCCCCACCGGCACCCCCACCGGCGGCACCACCACCGGCGGCACCACCGGCCGCCGCCGCCUGCAUCAGCUUACGGCGGCCCGCAACGCCGCGUCCAGCGCCGUCAACACCGCCACCCACCCCUUCCAGGCCGCCGGCAACGCCACCAGAGCCGCCACACAGGUCAUCACACACCCCGUGGCAACUGCCAAGCAGGCUGUCACCGGCAAGAAAAGCAGCGGCAGCAGCGGCAGCACCAGCCCCGGCGCCGUCGGCAGUAGCAGCACGGGAACAGGCGGCGCGAACGGCCGCCGCCUGCAGCAGCAGCAGCAGCAGCAGCCCCAGGGCCCGGCGGCGGCGCUGGGGGCUCGGCUUGACACGGCUGCUGAGGAGGCGCGCAAUGCUACAGCCGGCGCCGUACGCACCGUGACCUACCCGGCACGCGUGGCGGGCAAUGCUACAGCCGCCGCGGCGGGCGCCGUCAAACAGUCUCUCUCGGAGCCCCUUGCUACAGCCCGCAAUGCUACAGCCGGCGCCGUACGCACCGUGACUUACCCGGCACGCGUGGUCGGCAACGCGACGGGGGCGGCGGUGGGCGCGGUGCGCAAUGCUACAGCCGAGCCGUUGGAGUCCGCCCGCAAUGCUACAGCCGGCGCCGUCCGUACCGUGACUUACCCGGCGCGUGCUGCUGCCAACGCCACUGGCGCCGCUGUUGGCGCCGCCAGGAAUGCUACAGCCGGCGCGGCUCGCGUCGUCACCGCGCCCGUGCGUGUGGCGGGCAACGCCACGGGAGCGGCGGUGGGGGCGGCGAGGCAGUCCGUUGCUACUGCUGCCCGCCCCAGCAGUAGCAGCAGCAGCAGUGGUGUCGGCAGUAGCAGCAGCCCGCCUGCUGCGGGUGCGGGUGCGGGCGCGGGUGUAGCGGGCGAAGCGAGUGGAAAGGGUGGCAGUGUGGUCGCCGGCGCGCCGGGCGCACGUCGGCAGUUGAUGCAAAGCCAGCAGCAGCAGCAGCAGCAGCAGCAGCAGCAGCAGCAGCAGAAGGGGAAUGGCAGCGGCAGCGGUAGCGGCAGUAGCAGUGGCAACAAGGGAAGCGGCGGCAGUAGCGGCAGCGGCGGCGGCGGCGGUGGCAGUGGCCCCACCACGACUGUCACGGCUCCGGGCACCAACGUGCAGAGCGGGCCGGGCGGCACGCGUGUCACGGCGCCCACCACCGCAGUCGACGUCAACGGCAAAGCGGUGGGCGUGAACAAUCCCUUCGCGCAAGUGGGGGUGAACCAGCGCACCGGAGCCGGCGCUGUGUACGUACCCGGCAUUGGCGACGUCCGCUGGGGCGGCAGUAGCAGCGGUGGCGGUGGCGGCAGUAGCGGCCGGCGGCUGCAGCAGAACCGUGUGCAGCCCAACUCAAACACACAGGACAUCAUUGCGCCGCUGUCUCCCACGCCGGCUGCUGGCGGCACCACCACUGCUGGUGCUGGCGGCGGCGGCGGCGGUGGCGGCACAGCAGCUGACACCACCACCACGACUGGUGCUGGCGGCACCCCUGCUUUGACCACUGCGGCACCGCCGGCCGAGGCCCAGACCGCCGCCCCCACCUCCACCACAACCGGCAGUAGCAGCCCCAGCAGUCCCAGCAGCGGCAGUAGCAACACCACCGUCACACCACUGCCCGGCGGCGGCUCGGUCAUCACCACGGGUGAAGCCGGCGCCACCGGCACUGGCAGUAGCAGCACCAGCACCGGCACCGGCAGUAGCAGCACCACCGUCAUCGGCGGCGGCGGCCGGCGGCGCUACAGCCGGUCACUGCAGCAGGCGAACCGCGCGCCCAACACCAACACGCAGGACACGGUGGCGGUGCUGUCGCCUCCGGCCUCGGCUGGCGGCGGCGGCGGCGGCACUGGCGGUGGCGGCGGCACUGGCGGCGGCGCCGGCAUUGUUGGCGGCGGCGGCAUUGGCGGAACCACAGCAGGCGGGGCCGCCACCACUGGCACCACCAUUGGCGGAGGCAUUGGCGGCACCGGCACCACCGCGCCGCCGGCGCCGGCGCCCGCGGGUCCGCCGGCUGUGGAGGUAGUGGGCGGCGGCGGCGCCACCACCGUCAUCCCUUCCACCACCAGCAGCAGCGGCAGUAGCAGCCCCAGCAGCGGCAGUAGCAGCAGCGGCAGUAGCAGCAGCGGCAGUAGCAGCAGCGGCAGUAGCAACACCAACGUCACGCCACUGCCGGGCGGCGGGUCCGUCAUCACCAUACCCGGUGGCAGGUAGCGCCGCGACCGACAGCAGUGGGCGGCCGCCGCCUCAGCAGCCGGACCGCCGGCACCGCAGCUGCAGCACGCUGUGAGGGAGCAAUGCACUACGACUGGCAAUGUAUAUGCUACCGCAGCAAUUAUGUAUUGGUUGAGAUUGAGAGUUUGCGGAAAAGGCCGUAUUUAUUUGGGUGUAGCUGGUAAGUAAUGAGUUAGCCCGAGGCUCCGUCACGUUGAGCGCAUUCGAGUUGUUCCGUCAGAGAGGGAACAUGAGUUGCUUUGUCGGAAAACUCCACACGAGGUUGUUUCGGACUUUGCACUAGGCCAACGCACCACGAGGUUGUUUCGGACAUUGGAAGUUGGAAGGCGGCAGCGACAAUACAUCCACACGAGCCCGGGAAGCGGCGCGACGGGAGACGGCGGCAGUCACGCACGCCGCAAGGGAGGCGGCGGCAGGAGGUAGCGGUAGGUGCGGGUUGUGUGCGGGUUGCGAUGGGGCUGAGGGCACCAGCCUUACACCCCAGGGCGUUGUGUUGAGUCGCAGACCCAUAGAUUGAUGAGGAGUACUGCAGAGCUAGGGGUGCAGGACUGCUGCAGGAGGCAUAUCUAAUUAAUCCAAGUGGCAUCGCUGUGCCAACCUUCAAGCUUUCAACAUUC